AUGGAGUUUUCUCUCCAACAAUUGGAGUUGUUGGCUGGCAAGAAAAUAACCUUUAAGGAUAUUUGUUCUCAAGUGGAUACAAAACUUAAUUACACCCUACAGCAGAAUGGGGCCUUGAACAUCCGGGUGGAGAGCCUAGUGAGAAAGUUUUUGGAUAAGGAAAAAUUGUUGCUUGACCGUGAGGCAAAGCUGUCUCAUCUUGGGAAUGAUUUGUACUGGAUUUUCAAGGAUGGAAUUGUAAGGAUUGUUGACAAAAUUAUUGAGUUUCCAUAUUCUUUUCAUGGUGUAGGACGUAUUAAGAACAUGUCCUUUGUUGCUAGUAAGGAGUCUGGCAGAGAGGUCUUGCGUAAGGCGGUGGUUGUUGGGACGUUUAAUCCUAAUGCUUCUAGUUCCAACUCAAGCCACUCAGGGGAGAUGGUUGAUGAAAUCGACACUUUCAUAUCUUACAAUUAUGAUUCCAUGAUGAAGUUGAGCUCCCUUGAUAUUAAUGGCAUUUUCUAG